AUGGGCGGCGGAGGAAAGAUCCCGUACCCAAAGCACGUCUGGUCACCGGCCGGUGGUUGGUACGCCCAACCCGCGAACUGGAAAGCCAACACAGCCGUCAUGAGCGCCGUCCUCGCAAGCAUCGUCGGGAUGGCCUGGAUGGUCAGCGCAAAUCGAGAAUACCGGGACAAGAUGCCCGAGCCGCACAGAUUCUUCCCGAGCCGAUACUGGAGCAAGCAGAUCAUCGAACACGAACGAAAAGAGAGCGAGAGCUAGAUGGGCAUGGAACAAUGGCGAAUCAAUUGGGGACCCUUGAGCUGUUUGCUGGAAGCACGCUAAGGCUGUACAUAUCCAUCCAGCCUUUUCCUGAAUUCUGAAAGCCUGUUCUCAACGCGAAUCCCGUUCCAUGUCUCGCCUUCUGGAGUGUGAGACAGGACCGGCAUGCCGACCUGUUCGAUAGCAAAGCUCGCUGAGAUCGAACCCCACAUUGCCGCUUCUUCAAGAUUAUCGACUCCCACGGCUGCACCGCCCCUUACUAAGCCCAUCGCUAACCCGCCCAGAAAGCCGUUGCCGCCGCCAGUAGGAUCGACUACCAUCUGUGCCGACUGAUGAUAUGCGGGCAGCCAUUUUUGAAAACCUUGGCGAGCAACGAAGCAGCCAUCUUUGCCCGCCCUGACGACAAUUCCAC